UGUAAGGUGGCUUGAGUCACCGUAGUAAGUGAAGUAUGCCUGACUUUUACCCUUACAUAAACUUUAUCUUCAUACUUUAUCUGCUCAAGAAAUCUGCUUAAAAAUUCUACACAACCAAGUUAAGGAUGUCUUCAGAUAACUGUACAUUUAUCAAAGCCGGAGCAUCAAAAGAAAAAAAUUCUCAACAUUCGCAUGGUCAUAGCCACGAACACGAACAUGAACAUGGUCAUUCUCAUGAAAUAUUAGACAGUCCUGGAAGCUAUCUGGAUCGUGAUCGUCCCUUGUAUAGAACAGACUGGAAUGAGAGAGCUUUUACAAUUGGCAUUGGUGGUCCAGUCGGCUCUGGUAAGACAGCUCUAGUAUUAGGAUUAUGUCAGUAUUUACGGGAGACCCGUGGUGUUUGUGUUGUAACAAAUGAUAUUUUUACAAGAGAAGACUGGGAGUUUCUAGUGAGAAAUAAAGCCCUACCAGAAGAGAGAAUGAAAGCUGUUGAAACUGGUGGUUGUCCUCAUGCAGCAAUCAGGGAGGAUUAUUCAUUGAAUAUGGAAGAAGUAAAAGUUUUAACCUCAAAAUUCAAACCAGAAAUAGUAUUUAUAGAAUCGGGUGGUGAUAAUUUGGCUGCUAAUUUUAGCCGUGAACUAGCUGAUUAUAUCAUCUAUGUUAUUGACGUAUCUGGCGGUGAUAAGAUACCUCGUAAAGGUGGACCUGGUAUAACACAGAGUGAUUUAUUGGUUAUCAAUAAAACAGAUUUAGCUGAAGCAGUGGGAGCUGAUUUGAAGGUCAUGGAAAGAGAUGCAGCAUUAAUGAGACAGAAAGGACCUACAAUAUUUGCUCAAGCUAAACAUAAUGUUGGUAUCAAAGAGAUAGCAGCUAGUAUUCUUUUAUCAUAUGAACAUCAGACACAGUUUUCAUAAUGACUUCAAUAUUGAUCAAAUUUUCAAUUUACUUAUUAUUAUUUUGAUGCCAUGUGUGCUAAAAUACUUCUUUUAAAAUGUCCAAGAUGUCUAUAAAUAUGUAAUAUGGCAGAAUAGAGUCCGGUCAUACAUUUACUUGAACUGAACUAUUAUUACAAUGUUUUUAAAUUCAUUCAUUCUCUUAUUUUAUAUUAAAUAUUCCUAAC